AUGGCGCCCAACGUGAACAAGCCGACCGACGUCAAGAAGAAGGAUGCCGACAUUCACCGCAAGCUCCAGAUCUACGGCAUCAUCAGGGCCUUUUCCCUCGGAAAAGUCCCCUCGAAUGACCAAAUCGACGUGGCCCUCAACAGCUUCCUCGAGUCCAAGGCCCUCGCCAAGCACGAUGCCCUCUCCGCCGACGGUCAGCUGCUCGUCGAGGACACGAGGGAGGUGGUAAAGCAGGCGAAGAAGCUGCUGCUGUCCAAGAACGAGGGCAACCUGAUCCAGGACUUCAUCUGGCAGACGUGGCAGUUUGACCGCAAGACCGUCCGCGGCCCCAACGCCCCCGUCGACAAGGACACGGCCAAGCGGGACGGCGACGACGCCCUCGAGGGCCUCCGCACCCUCGGCACCCUUCUCAUCACCAACGGCCAGUUCCGAAAGCUUCUCCAGGAUUCCACCGUGCUCGUGCGCGACAUGAUCGGCGAUGCCGCCACAAACGCCGCCAACCGCAUCCGCCCCAACGAGGACCAGCUGGCGCACAUGGACGAGCCCGCCGCCGACAACGUCUGGCAUGACAAGCCCGACCUUUCCAAGGACAAACUCAAGAAGCAGGCCAAGGGUCUCUACAAGGGAGACGCCAAGAAGAAGGAGGCCCGCGACGCCGUCGAGGGCGGUGCCGACGCGGACGUCCACGACGCCCCCGUCACCACGACCGCCGCCGCCGCCGCCGCCACGGACGCCGAGGGCAAGGAAAAGUCCAAGAAGCGCGACGACGAGUACCGCCGCAAGGCAAAGGAGUACUUUGACAAGAAGAUGCCCGCCGACCGCAAGGACCAGAUCGUCUUCCGCCUCAAGAAGAUGGUGCUCGAGUGCCAGCAGCAUCCCGACUACUCCAACGCCAUCCAGACGCUGCUCCGCAUCGCCGAGCAGUACGGCGAGCACGGCCGCAGCCUCACCGAGGGUUCCGCCGGCACCGCCAAGCAGGCGCGCUCGGGUCUCGCCGCCGCCGAGGCCAACCUCCGCACCCUCGUCGAGCGCUUCGCCAACGGCACCUCGACGUCGGCCCUCUGGUCCUCCAUCGGCCAGAUCUACAAGGACGCCGACAAGGACGACGAGCUCCGGGGCUGGUUCCGGAGCAUGGACAAGUACAUCCGUCGCUGCCUCCUCGAGCAGGGCUACAUCCUCGACGAGGCCUCCAACCGCGAGUGGGACGAGCUCUACAAGCACGGCCGCUACCUGCUGCGCGAAAAGUACCGCGCCCACACGGACCGCGUCGUCGACGAGGCCAAGUUCGUCGCCGACCAGUUCGACCGGGACGUCGACAACAAGGCCUUUGCCGCCUCGGUCCAGACCCUCUUCACCCACCUCGGCCACGACGACGGCGGCAAGCCCGCCUUCAAGCCCCACCUCGUCAAGGACCUCACCGACGUCGUCCUGCCGGGCCUGCUGGCCCACAUCAACUACCUGCCGAUCCCGCGCAUCGAGUACUCGGACGCCCAGUUCGACGCCGUCAUCGAGAAUCUCGUGCUCGAGAGCGACAACUUCAUGCCCAACGUGCUCGAGAUCGCGAGCGAGCACUACUUCCGCAUGGGCCGCAAGAAGAUUGCCAACAAGAGCCGCAACACCAUGGACGUCAAGUCGGGCUUCCCCUCGCUCACCGACACGGGCGUCGCCGACGUGCUGCUCCCCGGCAACGGCUUCUCCUUCCGCAUGAAGGUCUCGACGGCCUCCAAGUCGGACCGCCAGCACUUCUUCAAGGUCGACAAGGUCGACGUCGACUUCAAGGGCCUCAACAUCAAGCUCAAGUCGUCCAACCACAAGCUCCUCUUCGCCAUCGUCAAGCCGCUCAUGCUCAAGGUCCUCCGCGCCCCCAUCCAGAAGGCGGUCGAGAAGGCCAUCAAGGAGCAGUGCAACAAGCUCGACGGCGUGCUGCAGCAGAUCAAGCUCGAGGCCGAGCGCGCCGCCAAGGAGGACGAGUCGGGCGGCGACAAAAAGAAGAAGGUCAAGGAGACGGCCGACGACAAAAAGGUCAACGUCGCCAUGACCAUGGACGAGAGCAUCCUGCCCGACGUGAAGCUGCCGGGCGGCGUGAGCGCCAAGGCGACCGAGUACAAGGAGCUGGCGCGCAAGGGCGAGCGGUGGGAGAGCCCCGUCUUCUCCAUCGGCAACGCCAAGCGGAGCGACGACAUUCCGCCGGCGCCCCGCAUCCAGAACAAGUCGCAGGCGCGGGCCGAGGCGCUUGCCAACGGCAAGACGGCGCCGGCGAACAACGCGAGCGCCGGCGUCAACGGCGGCCAGACCGUCCGAGGACACUAG